AUGGCUUGGCCGGGCUGCCUGCUGCGGAUCCGGCUCUUGGCUGCGGCGCUCGUCGCGUGGGGUGGCCGAGGGCUGCAAAGCCUCUCCUACCGGUCGUCGCCGGCCGUGCGCCGCUUCCUCCGGGCGCCCAUGGCCCUGGCUGGCCCCUUGCUGUUCCGCAUCGGGUAUAGUCUGUAUGCCCGCACCCGGCUGGGCUACCUGUUCUACAGGAGACAGAUGAAGAAAGCACGGGAGCGUUAUCCUCAAGGCCACUCUAUCGCCCAGCCUCUGGUGUUCAGUGGUGAGUACCAGUACUCUUCAUUGAAUUUAUGGGGCGUGUGUUCGGUCAUUGAGGAAGAGGGGGUGACUCUGGAGGCCAUUCUGUGCACGCACAAGCACUGGGAUCACAGUGGGGGGAAUGCAUCACUCCGGCGGAGGCACACUUCCUGUCGGGUCUAUGGCAGCAGCUGCGAUGACAUCCCUGAACUGACAGAUCCCCUCUCAGACAAGGAGACGAUCAUGAUAGGACGGUUGCACUUCAAGGCCCUCUUCACUCCCGGGCACACAGUGGGGCAUAUGGUCUACGUGCUGGAUGGGAAACCUUUUGAAGGGCCUUCUUCUCUCUUUUCGGGAGACCUCCUCUUCCUCUCUGGCUGCGGCCGUAUAUUCGAAGGGACUGCAGAAACAAUGCUGGCAUCACUAGACACAGCAGCUGACCUUGCAGAAGAUACACUUCUGUGGCCAGGACACGAGUAUGCCUUAGAGUGUCUAAUGUUUGCCAGUCUUCUGGAGGCCGAGAACCCUUUGCUGGGGCAGAAGCUGCAGUGGGUGAACCAACAACGGGCUGAGAGGAAAAGCACGUGUCCUUCCACCAUUAGCGAGGAGAAGCAAUACAAUCCCUUCCUGCGCACUCACUGUCGGGAGGUGCAGGAAGCUGUGGGCCUCCAGUGCCAAAGGGAUGAGAACUGGGACAUCUUCCGGGCCCGGGUGCUGAAGGAAGUGCGACGGCGAAAGGACGUCUUCAAAGCAAACUAGCGGGGCGCUUGUGGCAGCAGUCUGGAGUGAAGCCUCUGUCAGAAGAAUCGGGUCACAAAACGGGUUCUGCGCUACUGAGGGAAGGAUCGACUUGGACGUCGAUCUCUCCCACAAUGUGAAGUAAAUGGAAUGGAAACACCGACGUUCAGGCUGUUUCCCCAAGUUUUGGUUUG